UCACCAGGCCCCGCAACCUCAUUUUCCCAACAUCCCCACUCAACAGCAGCUCAACCCCGACAACGCUGUCUUCCGCGAGCGCAUGCUGCAUCUCAUUCAGAUGGAGCAUCAUCCAGAAUCUGCAGCAGCGACAGAGCAUGCAGGAGUAAACGGUCGAGGCUCCAUGGGACCCAUAGCGAAUGGCGUACCCGCCACCAACGGCAACGCUCUGACGUCGGGGCCUGUCACCAACCAACCCUAUCUACAAGCACCGCAAACCCCCGUGUCCUUCACUCCCGACCAAAUCAACGCACUCCGUGCCCAAAUUCACGCCUUCAAGCUCAUCUCCCGCGGCAUGCCUGUACCGGAACAGAUCCAGCAAGCGAUCCGUGUGCCAAACCAGGCCAUCCCUGAUUUGCAAACCCUCCUCCACGGUGCCGAUGUGAAUGCGCGCGUCAUUGACAGCGCAGUCAAGAUCCAUAAGAGCACGAACGGUACGCCUGUCAACGGCGUCGUCGAGCAUCCCCCCGUUGCAGAAGUCACGCCGGCACCCCCGGAGACGAUCAAAGAAGAGGAGAUCGAGGCGGUCGACCCCGAGAAGUUGCCGAAAGGGCCUUUGCUCGAGGAGGACGUCAACUCGGGGAUCUAUCCGUAUAACGCGUACACGCACCCACUCACCUUCCUGAAGUGCGACCCGGACGUGAGUUCCGCGCUGUGGGCGACGAAGAUGCAGCGAUUGCUCGUCCCUUCGGUCAUGCCCGUCGGCCUGGACCCACACCAAGCUAUCGAGGAGCGCAAUGCGUACAUCGACGCACGUAUCGAGCAACGGAUGCGAGAGCUAGAGGCGAUGCCAGCCAUGAUGGGGGACGACGGUCUGGAGAACCCGCUUGACGACGCUGAGAACGCGGAGCCGCAGUCACUCGAGCAGCUUGCCCACGUCCACCCCCCGCCGAACACCCAUGGCAAGCUUCGCGCGCUCAUUGAGCUGAAGGCACUGCGUGUUGUCGACAAGCAGCGGCAGCUACGUGCGUCGGUGGCGGAGCGGCUCAUGCAUGGGACACUGCUCCCGCUGAACCGGGCGGACUUCCGGAGGACGAGGAAGGUUCAGCUGCGCGACAUCCACAAUACGGAGGUCGCAGAGCGCAAACAGCGCAUGGACCGCGAGCGUCGCGCGAAGCAGAAGCACAUCGAGCAGCUGGGCAUCAUCUGCAUGCACGGGCGCGAGGUGCUCGCCGUCGGGCAGGCGGCGCAGGAGCGAGUCACGCGUCUGGGCAAGGCGGUGCUCAGCUUCCACGCGCACACGGAGAAGGAGGAGCAGAAGCGGAUCGAACGGCUGGCGAAGGAGCGUCUGAAGGCGCUGAAGAACGACGAGGAGGAGGCGUACAUGAAGCUCAUCGACACGGCGAAGGACACGCGCAUCACGCACUUGUUGAAGCAGACGGACGCGUACUUGGACUCGCUCGCGCAGGCGGUCGUGGAGCAGCAACGGUCGGAGGGGCACGAGGCGGUGGACUACGACAUGGAGGAGGGCCCGGUGAGCGAGGCGACGUUCGGCGCGAAGGCGUUCAGUCAGGAGGAGGACAAAGGGAAGCUGGACUACUAUGCGGUGGCGCAUAGGCUCAAGGAGAAGAUCUCGGCGCAGCCGAGCAUCCUCGUGGGCGGUACACUCAAGGACUACCAGCUGAAGGGUCUGCAGUGGAUGGUCAGCUUGUACAACAACAAGCUCAACGGUAUCCUUGCAGACGAAAUGGGUCUCGGGAAGACUAUCCAGACGAUCUCGCUCAUCACCUUCCUCAUCGAGUCGAAGAAACAGCGCGGGCCGUACCUCGUCAUCGUGCCCCCGUCGACCAUGACCAACUGGUCGAGCGAGUUCGCGAAGUGGGCGCCGGGUGUGAAGAUGAUCUCGUACAAGGGCAACCCGGCGCAGCGGAAGGUCCUCCAGACGGACCUCCGGACGGGCAACUUCCAGGUCGUCCUGACCACGUACGAGUACAUCAUCAAGGAUCGGAUCCACCUCAGCAGGAUGAAGUGGAUCUACAUGAUCAUUGAUGAGGGUCAUCGCAUAAAGAACACGCAGAGUAAACUGGCACAGACACUCACACAAACAACCUCCCUCCCUGAGCUGUGGGCGCUGCUCAACUUCGCGCUGCCGAAGGUCUUCAACUCCGUCAAGUCAUUCGACGAAUGGUUCAACACCCCGUUCGCGAACUCGGGCACGGGCGACAAGAUCGAGCUGAACGAAGAAGAGGCACUACUCAUCAUUCGUCGUCUGCACAAGGUGCUGCGUCCGUUCUUGCUUCGUCGUCUGAAGAAGGACGUAGAGUCGGAGCUGCCGGACAAGGUCGAGAAGGUGAUCAAGGUCCGCAUGUCGGCGUUGCAGUCGCAACUGUACAAACAGAUGAAGAAGUACAAGAUGAUCGCGGACGGCAAGGACGCCAAAGGCAAACCGGGUGGCGUCAAGGGUCUGAGCAACGAGCUGAUGCAACUGCGGAAGAUUUGCCAGCACCCGUUCUUGUUCGAAAGCGUCGAGGACAGGGUCAACCCGAGCUCGAUGAUCGACGACAAGCUCAUUCGGAGCUCGGGCAAGAUCGAGCUGCUCUCGCGAAUCCUGCCGAAGUUCUUCGCUACGGGCCACAGAGUCCUCAUCUUCUUCCAGAUGACGAAGGUCAUGGAUAUCAUGGAGGACUUCCUCAAGAUGAUGGGCUGGAAGUACCUCCGUCUCGACGGUGGUACGAAGACCGAAGACCGUGCAGGUCAUGUCCAGCUCUUCAACGCUCCCAACUCCGAGUAUAAGGUCUUCAUCCUCUCGACUCGUGCUGGUGGUCUUGCCCUCAACUUGCAGACCGCCGACACUGUCAUAAUUGAUUGGAACCCCCAUGCGGAUCUACAGGCGCAGGACCGUGCUCACCGUAUCGGUCAGACUAAGGUUGUCCGUAUCCUGCGGUUCAUCACGGAGAAGAGUGUCGAGGAGUCGAUGUUUGCACGCGCUCGGUACAAGCUCGACAUCGAUGACAAGGUCAUCCAGGCUGGUCAUUUCAACAAUAAGUCGACCCAGGAGGAGUUCUUGCGUUCUAUUCUUGAAGCCGAUCAAGAGGAGGAGAACAAGGAGGCCAGCGACAUGAACAACGACGAGAUCAACAAGAUCAUCGCCCGUUCGGACGAGGAGGCUGUGAUCUUCCACGAGAUCGAUGUUCAACGCGAACGCGAGGCUCUGGAGAAAUGGCAGUGCGCUGGUAACCGCGGCAAGCCCCCACCGCCCCUCAUGCAACUCGAAGAACUUCCGGAGUGCUACCGGGCGGAUGAGCCAUUCGCCGAGUCUGACGCUAUCGAUGAGUCAGAGGUUGUGGACGCCAUUGUUGUAAUGCUACAUGUAUGUACGAAUCAGACGAGACCUGGUAUGUAAGCUAGCGCUACAGCAUGUACUCUGCAUCAGGGAUUAUGCAAUUAUGCGGGGGAAACCUAAGUUGGUAAGCAGAAGAAGGAUGUCGACAGCUAUGCCGUAGAGUCGGGAAUAUGAGACGUGAUAUAUUGUAAGUCGAGCACAGAGAGAAGAGAUGAUGGGGUGAUAACCAUUGAUGAUUCUGAAACGGAAGGGACUUGACUGCUGUGAUCGGAGGGACCAUCACUUGCGGUGUGCAUGAGUAGCAAGGGGAGCUGUGCUGGGGACAAAGCAUCCAGUGAUUCGGACAAAAACUCGGUAUGUAUGGGAGGACCAAAGGCCGUGAGAUCUCCGUGGGUCAGUUCCGGACCCGUAUCGUUGUCUAUCGUGGCAAUUGUGUUAUCGGAAUAUUGUUCCUGCGCGGGCAUGUCAGCGUC